UGCCGACCGUCUGGCAGCCCUGUCAGCUUUGCUCGCGAGCUGUCAAAUCCAGUCGACAAAUUGCUCAUCGAACUAGACCGAGGGUUCCGAUUAAAACGCGACUUUGCACCUUACGGCCUCGGAUUCUACCUAAAUUCCGCAUUUUCUGCUUCCAACGAUGGCUGCCGCAAGUGCAAGGCUUUUCUCCCGGGUAAAAGAUGGUUUCUCGACCAGCGUUCGGUUCGCGAGCUACGAAGCCACGCGCAAGAAUCUGAAGCUGAACUCGAACUCGAAAGUUAUCUGCCAGGGAUUCACCGGCAAGCAGGGAACCUUCCACUCGCAGCAAGCCAUCGAGUAUGGCACCAAGCUGGUCGGUGGAGUGUCCCCCGGCAAGGGUGGCCGCACGCACCUGGACCGACCAGUGUUCAACACGGUGGCCGAAGCGAAGAAGGCUACUGGCGCGGAAGCGUCCGUCAUUUACGUGCCGCCGCCCGGUGCCGCAAAGGCCAUCAUGGAAGCGAUCGAGGCUGAGAUGCCACUGAUCGUGUGCAUUACCGAGGGAGUGCCCCAGCACGACAUGGUGAAGGUGAAGCACGCCCUGCUGGCGCAGGAUAAGUCCCGUCUCGUCGGUCCCAACUGCCCCGGAAUCAUUGCGCCCGAGCAAUGCAAAAUCGGUAUUAUGCCGGGACAUAUUCACAAGCGCGGCAAGAUCGGAGUCGUGUCCCGGUCCGGCACGCUGACCUACGAAGCCGUCCACCAGACGACCGAGGUCGGCCUUGGCCAGACGCUGUGCGUCGGCAUUGGAGGCGAUCCGUUCAACGGAACCGACUUCAUCGACUGCCUGGAGGUCUUCCUGAAGGAUCCCGACACCAAGGGCAUCAUCCUGAUCGGUGAGAUCGGUGGUGUGGCCGAGGAAAAGGCCGCCGAUUAUCUUAUGCAGUACAACCAGGGCAUCAAAGCGAAACCAGUGGUAUCGUUCAUUGCUGGCCUUUCGGCUCCGCCUGGCCGCCGUAUGGGUCAUGCUGGUGCCAUCAUUUCCGGCGGAAAGGGCGGUGCUCAGGAUAAGAUCAACGCGCUCGAGAAGGCCGGUGUGAUCGUCACGAGAAGCCCGGCCCAGAUGGGCAAGGAGCUGAUCAAAGAGAUGAAGAGAUUGGAGCUGGUUUAGAGAGAAACAAUUUAAACAAAAA